GUAUCACUUUAUUCGUGAUCUAGUUCAAGAUGGUAAAAUCCAUUUAGAAUUUAUUAAUACAGAGAUGCAAUGGGCUGAUAUUUUUACAAAACCCUUAAGUGCUGACAAAUUCUUACCAAUUCGACAUGAACUUGGCAUGUUUACUCAAGAAGAAAUUAACGAUAUUUGAUUGCAUAUAACAUAUUCUCUUGCCUUGUUUUCACGGAUCUCUUCCUGAUUCUUUCCUUUCCAUCCGAAGAGUUUCCUUGGAUUAAAUAGUGUUCAUCGUAUAUAGCCCUCAUCACAUCCCUUCGUCUUCUUCACUCCUUUUUAUUGUUUCCUAUCUAGUCUUGAGCAGAGACAGAAACCAAACACUUCUUUUCAAAAAUGGCAUUUAACAAUGCUGAGUUGCAGUCAUCUGUUCUGUUCAAGAAUCAGAGUUUUCGGAAUGCUGCCACUUACUCUAGGUAUCUUCGGCGCUUUCGAGACCGUCCCCUUUAUCCAUCCUUCUCCAUUCAGCCUACUGCCUUCUCCAAAUAUGACAUGAAUAUUCCUGCUUAUCUUCAUAAGCUCGGAUGGGAAUCUUUGGUGUCUUACCUAAGGUUCAGUCAAUGUCCUGAGGCUGUACGCCUCUUCUAUAUCAAUCUUCGCAGAGGUCCAGGAAGUGAUUAUUCCUUCUUCACUACUCUCGUCUAUGAUUAUGAAAUUAAAGUGACGCCUGAGUUGCUAGCGUCUGUACUGGAAAUCCCUCAUGCUGGGAUCCGGUUUGAUCAGGCUCUUGCUACUCUGACGCGUGAUAUAGGACGUUGGUUUCCCUCCCAACUUGCUGCUGGGAGAUUACCAGAUGACCUCAAAGUCCUUUUUUUCUUCCUCACUCGAUGGUUUCUACCUCGUGAUCUCACCAGUACUGAUCUUAUUCAUUCUCCUGAUCUUUGGGUUCUCUUUAAUGCUCGGGCUGGUUGGCGCAUUAGCUACGCGUCUCUUAUGUUCCAUCAUAUGAUCAAAUUUGGGACUGAAUAUUAUGGUGAUCCGCUGCCAUUUGGUCCACAUAUUACUCGUCUUCUGUAUCGUUUGGGGAUUGAUUUGUGUGACAAGGUCAUUGUGUGUGAUGUGCUCGAUGAUUUGCGUCCUCAACAUGUUCUCGAACGUGUUGAUGCCCUGGUUGGUCCCUGUAAGCCUGUCACUGGCUCAGGGGGAGUGACUAGUCAGCAACAAAUGGUUAAUGCAGCAGCUGCAGCAUACAAGCAAGAGGCUAGUACUAGGAGCGGUCCAAAAAGGAGAAUAUUGAUUGAAAAGGAUUUGAUGCUGCCAAAGUUUAUCUAUGAAUCUAACAAAGUCAGUGACCCAAUUAGUCCUGAUUCGCAUUCUGGUGAUGAGGAUGAUCGAGUCUCAAGCUAUGCUUCGCCUCCUAACUAUCCCUUCUAGAAGGGAGUUUAUAAGGAGUGUCUAAAGUCUAGGAAGUGAGUGGCAUGGUCUGGUGUGUUGGUUAAUUUAAUGUCGAGGAUUUUGUUUUGAUCUAUAAAUUGAGAAAGUUGAA